AUGAGCGCUCCAACUAUCGGCCCUGGCACAUCUUCACCAGGCAAUGGCUACGCCAAAUAUCAAAUUCGGUCUACAGGCGUACCACGUGUGCUAGCCACUGAGUCGGAGGUGUUUACCCUGGAUGAUCAUGAAGAUGAGCGGCGAAUGAACGAUGAAACUCAUCAUCAUGAAGAAACUGAGAAAAGUCGGUUAUUCGAUUGUCCUUUGGAUAGCGAUGAAGAGAAGGAAGCACCACAUGAUGACAUCAUGAAUAACAUACGCCAACACAAUACUGGUUCAGUGAAAGAGAAAUCACGGUUAACGGACUCCUUUGAUAUGGAGGACUCACUGUCUGAUGAUCUGGAUCUCUUACCGCCAUUACCAGGUGCUCCUAGCACCAACCAUAGCUGGUUUAGCAGGUUCCAUACGUUGAACUGCUGUAAUCCAAGGAUACCAAGCAAAUGCUCCAUUAUGUAA